AAUAUCGACAAAUUAUACCUGAAAUUUACGCUCUUUCUUCUCUCUGUUCAACCUUUUUCCUCCCCCGAGAGAGAUGGAACCCGACCCAUUUCUUUUUUCGAUCGAAGAGUUUGUUCCCAUGUCGCUGUAGAGAAACCCACCAACCCUUUAAUUGAGCACCGUAGGAUCUUCUUUCUGAUGAGCUGUUGCGUUGGUUGAGCCUCUGAUUGAGGGCGGGAAGAGUAUUUUAAGUGUUUUUUCUUUGGUCGUGUUUUUUAAAACUAUUUUUGUUGGGAGUUUUUGAAAGAAAAAAAGGCUGGUGAUGGGCCAUGGCCAAUCCACAUUGCAACAACCACUUUUAUUCCCUCGGCUUUGCCUUCAUCUUUACUACUACGACUUCAGAAAGCUGGAACAGUUGUCUACUCCGUUCUCUUUCAAAAUCGUAGUGGAUAUGCAUUAGAAGUUCACAACAGUUUCUUCCUUGAUUCCUUCUGGAGCUUUUUCUCUGGCACUUUAUUAUUGAAAAUGGGCUCUGGAGAUUGGUUUAAGACGGUAAUUCGCUUGAAGAAAGUAAAAACCAGCAGUUCAAAACAAGUUAAGAAAUCAUCAUCUGCAGAGAAAUCAAAUAAUCUGCAAAAAGAUUCCUCGAGGUUUAAAAAUGGCGGUACUAAUGGGAAUCGUAAGUCUCUUCGUUUGCCAAUUGAAGAUGUAGCUGCAGUUCGGAUUCAGACAGCAUAUCGAGCAUAUUGUGCUAGGAAAAAUUUACGUCGACUGAAAGGAACUGUGAGACUGCAGAAUCUGACUCAAGGCUAUUCUGUUAGAAAGCAUGCUACAUCUACAUUAGACUAUCUUCAUUCAUGGAGCAAUAUACAGGCUCAAGUUAGGGCCCGUCGACUUUAUAUGGUGACAGAAGGACGACAAAGACAAAAGAGAUUAGAGAAUCAACGAAAACUUGAGGCUAAGCUUCAUGAUAUAGAGGUGGAGUGGUGUGGCGGUGCAGAAACCAUGGAGGAGAUUCUUUCAAGGAUACACGAGAGAGAAGAAGCAGCUGUUAAGCGUGAGCGUGCUAUGGCAUAUGCAUUCUCACAUCAGUGGAGGGCAAAUUCCAGUGAGAUCUAUGGGUUGGGCAAAGAUGAACUUGGUAAAACAGAUUGGGGUUGGAGCUGGAAAGAACGAUGGAUAGCUGCUCGUCCAUGGGAAAGCCGUGUACCGUCUCAGUUAGUUAGUCCAAAGAAGUCGACAAUUAGGCAGUCGAGCAAAGUCGGUAAGAAGAUAAACUCACCAUCUCCGAGAGCACGAGUUUUGGUUAAACCUCCUUCCCCGAAUGGGAAAUCAACUCCAAAGGCUCGGAGGUUGUCUUAUCCAGCUGCCGAGAAAACCGAGAAAUCAGCUACAGAAGAAAAAGGCAAUAAAGGUGGUGAAGGGAACACAAAGAAGAAAGAAGAAACAGUGUCAUAAUCGACGCCAUUUGUAGACUGCAAAUUGUGUUCAUAUUUUUAUCAAGGAAAAAAACAUAAAGAUGAAGAAGCCAUUUGUUUUCUGUAUGUCAUUUCUGAAGAUGUUCAUUCAUGGAGUGGUGUGAGGUAAUGUAUUUUUGGCAUGCAGACUGACCCCAUGUCAUAUUAUUUUCUUACAUUUCCUUCCCUUUUUUCCUGCUUUGUAUAUUUGAAAGAAGAAGAAAGACAGUAUUACAUAAAUUAUAAUGUA